AUGGAGACGGCAGCGGCCGCGGCUCCGGGCCCGGGCUGGGCCACUGAGGGGGAGCGGCGGCGGAGGCGCUGCUCGCGCCGAGACCGAGACCGGGAGCAGCGGCGCCGCCGAGGUCCCGGCGGCGACGCGCCCCGGGCCCUGUUGGCCGCCCCGCGCGGCUCCUCGUCCUCGUCGUCGCCGCCGCCGCCCGCCAGGCCGUGGUCGUCAGCUUCGUCUGGAGAGCGGCCCGGAGGCCCGAGACGGCGGCGGCCGCGUCCCAGGCCUCGGCCCCCGCGACCCCGAGCUCGGAAGCGGCCUGCUGGCUCGGGCAGCCGCGGGGAAGAAGACGAGGAGGAGGAGGAGGGGGGCGCAGACGAUGGGGAGGCCGAGGAAGAGCCUGAGGAGGAGGAAGAAGAGGAGGAGGACUUGAUCGAUGGCUUCGCCAUCGCCAGCUUCGCCAGCCUCGAGGCCUUGCAGAAGGAUGCGUCUCUUCAGCCCCCAGAGCGACUGGAACAUCGGAUGAAGCAUUCUGGGAAGCGGAAGAGGGGGGGCUCCAGUGGGGCAACUGGGGAACCAGGGGACAGCUCUGAUCGAGAGCCUGGCCGGCCCUCUGGGGAUCGGGCCCGAAAAUGGCCCAAUAAGCGGAGAAGGAAAGAGGCCUCCUCCCGUCAUUCUCUGGAAGCUGGAUACAUAUGUGAUGCAGAAAGUGAUCUGGACGAGAGGGUCUCCGAUGAUGACCUCGACCCGUCCUUUACUGUCUCAACCAGCAAAGCCUCGGGCCCCCACGGCGCCUUCAAUGGGAACUGUGAAGCCAAACUCUCCGUAGUCCCUAAAGUGUCGGGCCUGGAGCGGAGCCAGGAACAGCCCCCAGGGCCCGACCCGCUGCUAGUGCCUUUCCCCCCAAAGGAACCACCGCCUCCACCGGCCCCUCGGCCUCCUGUCUCACCCCCUGCACCCCUGCCGGCCGCCCCCAGUCUGCCACCCCCACCCCAGCCCCAGCUGCAGCUUCGGGUUUCGCCUUUUGGCCUCCGCACUUCCCCCUAUGGCAGCAGCCUGGACCUCAGCACUGGCAGCUCUUCACGGCCGCCCCCCAAGGCCCCGGCCCCUCCCGUGGCUCAACCUCCCCCCUCAUCAUCCUCUUCGUCCUCUUCCUCCUCAUCUGCCUCCUCCUCGUCCGCGCAGCUCACCCACCGGCCCCCGACGCCCUCACUGCCCCUGCCUUUAUCCACCCACAGCUUCCCCCCUCCUGGGCUUCGGCCCCCCCCACCACCCCACCAUCCCUCCUUGUUCUCCCCUGGCCCCACCCUGCCCCCACCCCCACCCCUGCUGCAGGUGCCAGGGCACCCUGGGGCCUCAGCCGCUAACGCCCUUUCUGAGCAGGACCUGAUCGGCCAGGACCUGAACUCUCGCUACCUGAAUGCCCAGGGUGGCCCCGAGGUGGUGGGGGCAGGGGGCUCAGCCCGGCCCCUGGCCUUCCAGUUCCACCAGCACAACCACCAGCACCAGCACACCCACCAGCACACCCACCAGCACUUCACCCCUUACCCCCCGGGCCUGCUGCCACCCCACGGCCCCCACAUGUUUGAGAAAUAUCCAGGAAAGAUGGAAGGCCUUUUCCGGCAUAAUCCGUACACGGCCUUCCCUCCCGCAGUGCCCGGCCUCCCUCCGGGCCUCCCGCCGGCUGUCUCCUUUGGCUCCCUGCAGGGGGCCUUCCAGCCCAAGAGCACGAACCCCGAGCUGCCACCACGACUGGGGCCAGUGCCGAGCGGGCUUCCCCAAAAGGGGACACAGAUCCCUGACCAUUUCCGGCCACCUUUGAGGAAACCAGGGAAGUGGUGUGCCAUGCACGUGCGUGUGGCUUACAUGAUCCUGAGACACCAGGAAAAGAUGAAGGGCGACUCCCACAAGCUUGACUUUCGGAAUGACCUCCUGCCCUGCCUUCCGGGGCCCUAUGGGGCCCUGCCCCCUGGGCAGGAGCUCUCCCACUCGGCCGCCUCCCUCUUCACUGCGACUGGUGCCGUCCAUGCUGCAGCCAACCCUUUCACGGCAGCUCCCGGGGCCCACGGACCCUUUCUGAGUCCCAGCACCCACAUUGAUCCCUUUGGGCGUCCCACAAGCUUUGCCUCCUUGGCUGCCCUCUCCAACGGGGCCUUUGGAGGCCUAGGCAGCCCCACAUUCAACUCCGGCGCCGUCUUUGCCCAGAAAGAAAGCCCAGGGGCCCCACCAGCCUUCGCCUCCCCCCCAGACCCAUGGGGCCGCCUGCACCGCAGUCCUCUGGCCUUUCCUGCCUGGGUCCGGCCCCCUGAGGCCGCCCGGACUCCGGGCUCAGACAAGGAGCGGCCAGUGGAGCGAAGGGAGCCCUCUCUCACCAAGGAGGAGAAGGACAGGGACCUCCCCUUCUCCCGGCCCCAGCUCCGAGUUUCUCCUGCUACUCCCAAGGCCCGGGCUGGCGAGGAAGGGGCCCGGCCCACCAAGGAGUCAGUGCGGGUAAAGGAGGAGCGGAAGGAAGAGGCCGCUGCUGCUGCCGCCGCCGCUGCUGCCGCCGCCGCUGCUGCCGCUGCCGCUGCCACCACAGGGCCCCAAGGCCUUCACCUGCUGUUUGAGAGGCCCCGGCCACCCCCAUUUCUGGGCCCUAGUCCUCCAGAGCGCUGUGCUGGCUUCCUGGAGCCAACCUGGUUGGCUGGGCCCCCUCGCCUCGCUAGGCCGCCCCGCUUCUACGAGGCGGGUGAGGAGCUGACUGGACCUGGGGCUGUGGCCGCCGCCCGCCUCUACGGUCUGGAGCCUGCCCAUCCCCUGCUCUACAGCCGCUUGGCUCCGCCGCCGCCACCGACUGCGGCCCCAGGAACCCCUCACCUUCUCAGCAAGACCCCACCAGGAGCCCUUUUGGGGGCACCACCUCCGCUUGUGCCCGCCCCCCGGCCUAGUUCCCCUCCUCGGGCCCCUGGCCCAGCUCGGGCUGACAGGUGA